AUGUGGAACCAGACUGUUGAUGAAUUUAUGCGCAAUAUUGGCUUCACCAAGUGCGAGAUGGAUUACUGUGUUUACGCUAAGCGUGACGACAAGUUUAUGAUGUUUGUUGUUAUAAACGUCGACAACCUCAUCCUUGCGUACAACAAUAUGGACAGCCUCGCAGCCACCAAGCGUGCAUUGACCGAGAUAUUCGAGGUGUCCGAUCUUGGUGAGCUCAAGUACUGCCUUGGUAUAGAAGUCGAGCGAGAUGACAAGUCAGGCGAUUUGUCUUUUAAACAGCCUAAGUUCUUGCGAUCGAUUCUGACCAAGUUCGGUAUGCAAGACUCUAAGCCUAUUAGGACACCACAAGAUCCCGGACUGAAGUUGACUCAGCGCAUGUGCAAAAAUAUGUGCAAGCACAGCUACACCGUACAAGGAGUGCCUUACCACAGUGCCGUUGGAACCUGGAUGUACCUCGUGGUAGGCACGCGUCCAGACCUGGCAUCUUCAGUGAGAGCGCUCAGCCACUUUGCUGCUGACCCGCGUCCGACACACUGGCGAGCACUCAAGCGCGUGCUACGGUACCUGAAAGCGACUCCUACAUUUGGUAUGCGUUUUACCGGCGCUAGCAAUGGCAAGUUACUUGGCUAG